UUAAGACAGGUUUUUACACAGCAAAUAUCUGAUUAUGACAUUAAGUGGUGUAUUUGUUUAUAGCAUGUUUCUCAUGGCAAAGAUCUCUCUUCCCUUCUAUAUAUAUACAGAGACAGGCAUACACACACACACAAUAAAGAGGGACAAUUUUGAUUUGGUAAGGGAAUCUCUACAGAGAGAGAGAGAGAGAGAGAGAGAGAGAGGGCGAGAGAGAAUGGGGAAGGGAAGAGCACCAUGUUGCGACAAGACCAAAGUGAAGAGAGGCCCAUGGAGCCCAGAUGAAGACAUGAAACUCAUCUCUUUCAUUCACAGGAACGGCCAUGAGAACUGGAGGUCUCUCCCCAAACAAGCUGGGCUGUUAAGGUGUGGGAAGAGUUGCCGUUUGAGAUGGAUUAACUACCUGAGACCAGAUGUGAAACGUGGGAAUUUCACUGCAGAGGAGGAAGAAACAAUCAUUAAGCUUCACCAGAGCUUCGGGAACAAGUGGUCGAAGAUUGCUUCUCACCUGCCGGGAAGAACAGACAAUGAGAUUAAGAAUGUGUGGCACACCCAUCUGAAGAAAAGGCUGGUUCAGAACUCAGAAACCAACCUCCAUGCAGAUGAAUCUGCCUCGUCAUGUUCGGGUGACUCCGUUUCUCAUGAGAAACAAGAUGGAAAAGAGGCUAAGCCUCGGGUAGGAGACCCAGAAGAUUCUUUGACAGAGAAGACCUCUCAGGUGUCACCUUCCAAUGAGUUGUCCAGUCCUUCAACGUCCUCUGGUCGUUCAAACAUUAUAAACCCAGAAUAUGAUCUACAGAUUUGUGACUUUUUCGGGUAUAUAGAAGAUUAUAGUGGAGCUACUGACAUAUUUCAAGAGGUAGAUAAGCCAGACAUGAUGGAGAACCCUUUUGGUUCAGAUCCUAACAUUUGGAGCUUGUUGGGUGGUUUGGAUGCAUCCCAACAACCUGCUGCACAUGAGAACAGCUUGGCUUCAAGGGCCGAAGAGUCUGAUGAGGAUGAAGUAAAAAAAUGGUUCAAGUUCCUGGAAAACGAACUUUUGUUAGAAGAGGAUGAUGAUAACCAACAGCAUAAACGGGGAACCAGAGGAGAAGAAGAAUCAUCACUUAUGAAAACAUACGAACUAAUGAUAGGCUAACGAAGCAAGAAGCAGAUUUCCGUAAACGGGUUUCAUUAUUAUCCAAGACCUUUGAAAAUACAGGUGCUUCUAUUGGAUCUAUGUGUUUACUGAUAACAGAGAACAUGGAUUAUUAAACUAGUUUCUUAGCAUUUCUGUCGUAUAAACGAUCAGGUAGGUUGUAUGUAUGUACUGUCAGCAAAACACUCUAUACUGCACAAGUCACGGGGAAGG